GCGGCGCCGGCGGCGCCGGGCCCGGGCGGCUGCCCCGGUGAGAGGCGGUGCGGGGCGGCAUGGCAGAGGCGGGCGGCGCCGCCGGCCUGAGGGGCCGGAGCCUUCCCGAGCUGCGGGAGAUGCUGAGGCGGCAGGAGCGGCUGCUGGCGGACCGGAAAUUCAUCGCUAGGCUGCCAGAUAAGGGUAAGAAGAUCUCUGAUUUUGCUGAAAAGCUGAGGCUUGCCAUUUUACAAGAGGAAGAAUUAGCAAGGACGGCUGAGCUGUUAUCUGCUGUCAGGUUGGAGUUUCAGGUGAAACAGGAGGAGAUGAUUACACGCAAACAGGAAGUUAUCCUCAACAAGGACACUCCAAACCAUGAAGAUUCCUCAGUCUUUAAUAAAAACUCUAAUAUUGAAGAGGUUUCUGAGAUUUCUUCCCAAAGGCAGGAGGCAGAAUGUAUUGAGCAGGAGGCCACAAAUACAGCUCUGGAAAAUGAAAGGACUCAGAGGAAAAAUAAUAAAGACAAGACUGUUACAAAAGAUCAGAAUCUUUCUUGUGAAGUCAUCUCCAAGUCAGCCACGAGCAAUCAACUGAAAAAUGAUCAGCAGGUAUCUCAGAGCAAUACUGAGGAUGGUGCAGAAAGUACAGCUGCUUUGGACAACAGUAAAGACGCAUUGGUUGAUGCCUUUCAAAAAGUUACAAUUGAAGAUGGGGAUAGUAAUGAAAAAGUAUUGGAAAAAGAACAGAAUGUGGCUAAACACAAGGGCAAUAUCUUUGGAAGCCUGCACCCCAAGACACCACAUUAUAUUGAAGUUCUGGAGUCUAGAGCCAAGAACCCAAUCAUAAAGAAAAGCAAAUUUAAACCAAAUGUAUUAUCAGGAGAGCAAAGUGGAUCAUCACGUGGUUCCUCAUCCAGUCAGUCACCUGGGGGAUCUGGCUCUCCAAUUACUACUGAAGAAAGAAGACUUAGAGAUAAGAAACAUUUGAAUGAUAUAACAGCAGCUCGGCUGCCACCACUUCACCAUUCCCCUGCUAAGCUGUUAUCCAUAGAGGAAUCCAUAGCAAUUCAAAUACAGCAAAAAGAAGCUUAUGAGGAAAUGCAAGCCAAGCUUGCAGCACAGAAGCUUGCAGAGAGAUUGAAUAUAAAAAUGCUCAGGUUUGAACCAGAGGGGGAGGCCUCAAUGCAAUACAGAGAAGUGAGAGAUGAAGAUUAUUUUUCAGCAGAGGACUGAAUUUUCAGCAGAGGACAGAAGGGAUGUCUGAGGAUGAGCCACGUAACUGAUCUUUAUGCAGUACUUCUUAAAACCCAGACCUGGAUAUUGAGAAUGCUUGAUCUAGUAAUUUUUUUUCUUAAAAUUUUAACAUUAUAGCUAUGCGAAGGGUUCAGUGUAAACCUCAUAAAUAUAAAUGUUAUAAGGUGGUAACCCUGGUGUUGUUUGGGGACUGCUUUUUGAGCACUCGGGGCAGUUCAUCUUUGGAAUGCCCCAUAGUUUUCAGCUAGAGUGAAGCAAGCUCUUUUGGAGGCUAUGGAGAGUCAUCUACAAGAGAAGGUUUCUUCUGUGCAAAAAUGUGAUUACAAAGGGCAUUGGCACACACAUUCAUGAAGUAGGCUAAGGUGCCCCUGAACUGCCUGCAUGUAUGGAAGCUCUUGUAUAAAUGUGAGAUACUACUUUUAUCGAUUAUCUUGCUUUUACCAUACGGUGAAAAUACAUGCCUAGACAGCUGCAAUAAAUGCGCACUAGGUAGCCUGUAAGUUAGCUUCUUAUCUCAUGAGAACUUGUUUCUGUGCCUGCACCUUAAAAUAACACUUUCUGCCCUUAUGUUGUAAAUAGAUUAAGAAUUUCAAGUUAUUUUGUAACUCAAAUUCUGUUUGGGCUUUAAGGGACUCUGCUGUUUCAUUUGUGGUGAUUACUGCAAAGCACAUCAAGAGAUCAAGUUAAUCUGAGGACUUUAAUAUUUUUAUUAAAGGUCUUGAUGUUCUUCCUUAUUUUUGUACACUGCUUUCACACUUUGGAAUACUAUUUUUUCAUAGUCCGAUACUGUAAAUUAAGAGAUCUGGUUUUCUUGAAGAAAAUGUUCUGUGUAUUUUGCAGCUUUAGCUGUUCUUUGAAGAUAAAAAAAAAAUCAUCUUCCUUACAAUAACAUUUUCUGCCUUUUAAUAUGAGUUUUGAGUGAUGAGGAACACACCUGAGAAGUUUUUCACAACAAUAUUCCACUGUUCACUAGGGUAUUCCAGCCCUGUUAUCAGUUCAGGUCUAAAAAACAAGCCUCAAAGAUUCCUUGUACAGCCUGGCAACACCUGUUUUCCAAGAUGCUGCAGCAGCGGUGUGUGCAAGGCUUGUCCCCAUGUGUACAUAUUCCUGCAGGAAUGGUGUCUCUGGAAACUGAAGGUGGUCCACAUGCGAGUCAUUCAAAAAGCUGCACAAUAUCAUCUAGAAAUGGGGGAUGACAGACUCUGGCACUUCUUGAAUGCAUACAGUACCUUACUAGCUGGUAGUAACUCUCCUCCACAUGCUCCACAAGCUCUCCCAGGCAGUCCCUGUUGCACAGUCCGUACCCUGGCAAUGCACUUUCACAGGUGGAACUGCUGCUAAGAUAAUAUGUGGUAUUUUUAAAUAGGCUAUCUGUUGCUUGUCUGUGAUGCCUCUUUUCUGUGCUCUUUCACAGGUUUCUUGUUCGUUGGCUUCUCAUCAGCUGUCUGCUCUUCCCUUUUCCUCCUAAGACUUAUCUCCUGUCCUGAAAGCAAAUUCAUAUACCGCAUCCUUGCACCACCCAUUCCCUUUCAUAGGACAUAAUGCUGCCUAUAUCUGUAUUUAACUUCUGCUACAUGUCAUGCAUCCUCCUCCCAUUGCUGUCUUCUCUUGCUUUCUGUAACUCCAUCUAAAUACCAACUGUGCAACUGGGCACCUUCUACAGACCUCAGUCACUUGCACAUCUUGCAGAGACCUUUGUGGUUUUGCCACAGCUGCCCUCCUACUGAGGCUAUCCUUCCUUCUUUCCUGUUUUGGUUUCAGACUGUUCAGGUGUUUGCCUCUUCUGGGCCGUGUAUCUUAUUUUUUACCAUCUUUUCCUGGUUUUCAGUGGUUUGUUUGUUUGUUUUUUUUUUUUCUUUUCUAUGUUCCUGCUUCAUCCUUCCAGCUUCUCACAAUUGCUUGUCUUUAUCAGCACUAUUUUUUGGCACAUUUUCAGUCAUUCACAUUCAUUCCUCAGCAUCCAUGUUGAUGACACACCUCAUCCUCAGCUGUAUGUAUUUCUGCCCUCAGCGUCUUCCUUCAGUGUGUGGCUGACUCCACAGGCCGGUAGAGUGCUUUUCUCUUGUGGGUGCAGUUCAGCUCUCAGACCACCUUUGUCCAUGCUACCACCAUCAUCCAGCUGGGUCUCGUCAUCAGUCCUCCCCUUAUUUCAGUCUGUUGUAUUGCUUAAGGACAAGCGGCUCCAGAAGUGUGUCGGCUUUCCCUUUGCUGUUGCAUAAAGCACAAGCUAUCACUUCCAGGCCUGUUUGCAUCUCUCCCCCUCACUAAGAUCAUCACCAUUGUCCCUGUACUGACUGUGCUGUCACACUUUUAAAGUUUUUUUUAAGAUUUUCUGUGCUAAAGGAAUUUACACAAAGCUACACAGUUAAGAAUUUGUUUUCUAGGUUACUGAAAUCUAGCUCACCAUAGGCUUCUGCUGACCACUGUCUUAUGCUAACAAAAAUUAUGCUCUUUCCUUGAGCUUUUAAGGCUUACUUUUGCUCUCUAAACUUUGUGAAGCAGAGGCAGUUUUCUUGAUCUGUAUUUUGAUAGGAUUCAAUAUGUUGGACUUUGCCCCGAAUGGGCAAAAAUCACCCUUAAGGGGGUGGGGGGAACCAAUCACUCUAGUAACAGGUGAAGUGCGUUAGGUAUUUGUUACCUGAUUAGCAGCUGUUUAGCACAGCGCUGGGGGAGUCCUCGUGGAAGAGAGUGCUGCCUGAAUACAAAACCAAGGUUAAGGUAUGAAUUUUAAGUUAUUACUAAAGGGUUUGUUUUACUGCAAAACCUGGAAGCUUUCAUGGGGGCUUGUUGGUCCUAAGUUCUGAGCACAGGUAUCUACUUUGAAUGAUUUUGUGAGUGAAAGAAAGCAAAGACUCGGGUAUAAAGAGAGUCCCAUGUUAAGGAGGGUGUGCAAUCCAGAAGUUACUAAAAGAGAGUAAGAGGAUGAAUCAUGGAAUGGUUUAGUCAUACUGAAUUAAGUUUCUGGUCAAGCAUGGUAUUGCUGUUGUGCAUUUCACUGUUCUCCAGUUCCAGAACAUUUCAAAACGUACACUGAGAAUUAAGGAGCUUGCUCUCUAUUUCGGGUGUGGACUGUUUUAGUAGAGUGGGCUGUUAAGCUAGUAGAAAAUAAAGAAUUGAUAAUAUGUGUCUGAA